CUUGACCUUACUCGAUACUCGAACUGCGUCAUACGCUCAGGGAGCUCCGGCUGACUCUUUGCUUCCAGACAGGUUCCUAACUAGUGCCACUGCUGAGUUCUUCUCGAUUUCGGUACCUUGGAGGAUGUAAUCUUCUCAAAUCCGUCCGCACGUGGCAACCAAUCAUGGCUCCAACUGUCAUCCAAGAUGUUUGGCCCGGGAUUGCGUCGGCAAUAGACGCCAGGAAGAAUCGAACCUACAAUCAAAAUAAGACUGGCUUGGCAGGUACACCGAGAGCUAAUGCGUCCUGUUGCUUUGUCACGUUGUCACAUUCAAGGUCUCCGACUCCUACCCACUUAGUCUCGAACCAAAAGUCUAUUGCGAGCAUAGACCUUCGGCCAGGACCGACACUGACUCAGUAGCCUGCGCUGGGCACGGUGCUAAAUGAAUCUUGUAAUCAU